UAUCACAAUCGCGGAGCUGACCACCACGCUCAACUUCUACACUGAUGGCGACCUUUUCGCCCGUAUUGCGGCAGCUGGGCUGCUUGAGGUCUUUUAUGAAGGCAGACAGAUUGCUGCGACCCCAGUUCAGCCGUUCCAUCAGCACCGCAUAUUCCCCGAAGCCAGAGCCUGCACCUCUCCCUUCGAAACUCCCAAAGUUGUUCCUUUCACAAAUACCUACUCGGUUGCAACCCAAUGCUGGACGCAAGAAGCUCAAAAUCUACCCACCACCCCCGACACCGCGUGCAAAUUGCAAAGACCCCGUCGCAGCAUUGACAGAGUCUCAACUAGCCGCUCUCGACCCCACAGGCGAGCGUAGGGCUCUGUUUGACUACCGCCGAAACCCCCGAAGCGUGAAAGUGGGCGACAUUCUGCGUGUGACAUUCAAGAACGGAGACCCAUUCUCAGGCGUGUGUCUCAGCAUCCGUUUGCGGGGCAUUGAUACUUCUUUCCUUCUCCGAAAUGAGCUCACCAGAGUUGGCGUGGAGAUGGCCGUGAAGGUCUUCAGUCCAAACGUCGAGAGUGUGGAAAUUGUACAGAGGACGGAGAAGAGGAAGAGAAGAGCAAGAUUGUACUACAUGAGGAAGCCCAGGCACGAUAUGGGAAGCGUCGAGAACAUCGUGUCCAACUACCUGCGGCAGAAGUCCGUUCUUACUGGUCAGCGUUCAGCCGGUGCACGGAGACAGAGACGGUGAAUUGCAGCAAUCCCUAUUCUGUCUGUAUUAUGACUUUGGCGAAAUGUAUUAUACUACUACACUUGCACAUGGAUAUUCGGGAAUCGACAUUUGUUGGCGCACACAUUGAGACUGGAAUAAAGACCGUUUCCCGCCAGCAUUUACUGCUUUGGCAAUGGAAACUGUCGUCUGGGAUUACAUCGACCUCUGGACAAUCCCGCAUAGUCCUACAAUAAGCGAGGUAUCAUGAUCGGUGAUCGGUACUCUAUUUCCCCGUUCCCGCGAGCUUGAACCUCAGCAAUGUCUCUGAAAAAGGAGCUGCCGACCCUACCGCCCUACCUGAUUCAUGAAAGACGAUGCUAC